CAAAAGGAAUGUACUGUACAAGUCUAUGUAGAUCAAUAUGGCGCGCCUUCGUUUCCCAGGGAGGCCUGGCCACAGAUAUGGACGAUCACUGGUGCGAUAUCUUCCAGAAAAAGAUAGAAAUCGUCAGCAUGCAUUCUUUGCACGUACAGCAGCCAUCCAGAGAAAUUUGAAGUGGUUUUAUGAUCUUUUUGGUGACUCUGACGAGGAAGAUGAUUUCCAAGGCUUCUCAACCUCGGAGAUCGGUGAAUUGCCGUCACCCCUUAGGCGCAAGAAAUGGACGAAGAAGGAGGACCCGUCGCUUUCGCCCAAGAUCAAGAAUGUCAAAGCCGCCUGGCCCAUCAUGGGAAGGAGAGCGGGAAGAGAGAUUCACUACACCAGAGGCGAUUCCUGCGCAGAGAUGAAGAGAGGAGAAUGGAACACAUCCAAACCGUACAGGACAAAGCAGUCGAGGGUCACCGAAGGAAGAAUACAGAAGCUCAAGCAGGGAAAGAAUGGCAGCUUGGGUGUCGGCAAUCGCGAAAAGCGGUCAGUCGGUCGGCUGUCAUACAGGGACAUGGUCAAAGGUUUGGAUAUCGUCCGACCGAAGCUUAUUCCUCCAAAGCCACCGAAGAUCAAGGAACCGACAGCCGCUUUUACAAAGGUGGGAGGAAAGACCACAGGAAAGAUCCGUUUGCCGUUCAUGAUGCCAAAGCAGAAAGCGGGAGCGGCAAAGACGACAAAUCCUACAAAAUUCAAGAUAAAACUUCUUGGUGAUGGAAAGCAAGCUCAGAUUGUCAAAGGACGCGGAAGCCCAAGGAAGGACACAGGGGUGCCGUGGGGUAAGGCAAAGCUAGAAAAGGCACAGCUGUUACUCAAGAAAGCAAGAGGCAAGAAAUCCGAAUCGUCACCCAUGAAAUUUAAGCCAUGGGGAAGAAAGAAACUGUUGAUGGCUGAAGCUCAAAAUGGAACAUUGGACAAGGGAGGGAAAGUGAUCUGUGUGCCAAAAUCCAAACAAGUCAAUGUGUCAAAAGCCAUGGAGCUGGUGAAAAAGGCAAAAGGUGCUCAGAGGAAGGAUCAAGAGGUCUUUGGCUCAGAUACGCCUGGUAAGAGAUCAGUCAAGUGUUCUAGCAAGCUGGCUGAUAUGGACAUGAAAGGGGUCGACCUUCAGUUCCUGCAUCGGAAGGUCACUCCUCCAGCCAAAAAAGGGACUCUCUCUAAACAAGCUGGUUUGAAAUCUAAGAAAAAACUGAAGUUAGAUGGCAAACUUGAGCCAAAGACGCCUAAACCUUUGAAGCCCAGCUUUGGCUUCAUCAUGCCUGUUGUGAGCUCCCGUUCGUUGCGGGUAAUCAAGCCAACAAAAAGGUUUAUUGAGCAAGAAGAGUUUGGUUCCAGUCUGUUAACAUCACCGUCGGGCCAGGACUCCGGUGACUGGUCUGAUAUUCCUUCAGAUUUAGAUGGUUCCUUCUUAACCACCGGAAGCCUACAGGCAACGGAGAACGACGAUAUCAAGAAACCCUCAAAGCCACCCCAAUCAGAUCAAACUGAACUGUCAAUGAAAGGCACUAAGAAGAAGAAAGCCAAACACAAGGAUAAGAAAGAAAAGAAACACACUGCUUUUCAAGAUGAAUUUUCGAAAUCAAUUAAGAAAAAGAAAUCCUCUCGGAAAAGAAAAACUAAGGUGAAGUCUGAAAAUGAAACUGAUAAAGAAUACAGCCCACAGUCAGAAGAAAAGAAAUGUAGGGAGGACAAACGGUUGUUGGCAAUGAUCAACGCAAAGAUCAAGAAUGGGACAGCCCUUACUGAAUCUCAGGAGGAAACAUUAUUAGGCACAACUGAAGCCAAGUGGCAACCCUUGAGAGCCGUUUACAAGAAGGUUGUAAAGAAGGACACAUUAAAUGAAGAAGAAUCUGCAGCUUUGAGGACAUCUCCUCUGGUAUUGUUCCAGACCUUGAGGAAUGGGGAGGAGCUCAUGCACAUCCGAGGCAGAAUCGACGGAUGUGCCACUGUUGGUGAAAUAUUGGAGAAGACCAAGACUGGAAUGGAUCUUACUCCGGGGGAGAAGGAAAAGAUGGAUCGUUACCGGAGAAUCACUUCGGAGAGGCAGGCAAUACUUCGGUCAAAGCAAAGAGCUGAGAGGUUGCUGAAGGAAGGUGAAGCUGGCGAUGGUGCCCCUGUUAAUCCAAAUAGCAUGAGCCCUAGGGCGGAUGGAAGUCCAAAGGUGAAUGCAACCAGCUCAAGUCCUCGGGCAAAGAAGAAGCCAGAGCUGACUGAAGAAGAGAAAGCCAAACUGUUGGAACAGGAACGUGAGCGGCUGAUGAAGAAGUUCUUGGAGGAGAAGGAGAAUUACGUCAAGACAGUCACAGAGCAUAGAGAGGCAGCUCCAGCUGACGGACUACCAUCAAUGAGGGCGCUGUAUAGAAAGGCGAAGGAGGGAUUAGAGCUCACUCCUGAUGAGAUAGAAAGGAUGAAGAAGGGAAAAAUUAUCACUAACAGGAGAUGCAGACUCCGUAACUUGAAGAAAAUGCUCCAAAAGGUUUACAAGGGUUCCGGGAAAGAGAACGAAGUUGCAAUGCUUGACGAUCAGGAACCCGAUGGUCAGGAACCCGAUGGCCAGGAACCCGAUGACCAGGAACCCGAAGGCCUAGCCCUGUCAGGAGACAGUCUUGGACUCUCUCCCAACUCCCGCCAAUUACUUGCCUUAGGAUCAGAGCUGUAUGAAAGGAACAGUAAAAUUAAGAAGAAAAAAAGAAAAAGAAGAACAUUCUGGACAACACAUUAUCUGUAGGAUUAGGUAGCAUCAUGCCAAUGUCAAAAGUUGAACGUA